CAUAACCAACCGUAGUUGUAUUUUCAUGUGCUGAUAAUAAUAAUAAUAUAAGAUAAAUUAUUACGUGUCCGAUGAUCGUAGUGAUUGAACUGCGAAAAUGGCAGGUACAACGUCUUUAGAAUAUAAGUAUCAAGAAAUGAGAAACAAACUUACAAACACACAAUGUUCAAGAGACACUCUUAAUUCAGUGAAAAUGUCUUUAUGGCGUGAAAUAAACUCAAAAAGAGAUCUCGACCGAAUAGAAACAAUGAAUGAUUUAGUUACGGUUUUGGAAAAACGAUUGUGUUUGCAUUCAGGGGACACACACCUAAUGGACGAUAUUGCAGACCUCAUGGGAAUAAGUAUUUUAACUAUACGACAGAACCCUCAACCCAGUAGCCCAGGACAUCCUUCAAUAUUCCAAGAAGUAAAUAGAGAUAUCCUGAUUAGAGUGCAGGAUAAAAUUUGCAAUGAGAUUGGCAAAUACUGGAAGGAAUUUGCUAGACAAUUAGGAAUUUCUGAAGGAAAAAUUGAUGAAUUGGACGCAAAAUUCAAAUCCAUAAGUGAAAUGACUCGGCAGGUUUUGCAAUAUCACAUCCAAACUUGUGAAAAAAAUAGACUGAGAACAACUAUUUGUGAUGCCUUAAUGAGGGCAAAGAGGAAUGAUUUACGAAAGGAAAUAGAGCAUAUUUUUGAUACUCAUCACUUGAUUUACCCAUAUCACUUUUAAUUUUAUUCAAAUAUUUUUUACUUCCUUUUUUAUAUACAUAUCUAUUAGGGUAAAUCAGUUGAUGAGUAUCAGAAAUAUGAUACAAGUUUAAUAUUUCCUUUGACAAUUUUGUUUCAUAAAAUCUCAUUUUUACUCUUUGAUAUUUUAAAUUUGAUUUAUAUAAAUUUUCUAGUCCUAAUAAAUUUAUGCAAGAAAAAAUGUUAAAAUCAAUUUUGACAAUAUAUUUUUGUUAAUGUAUUAGUAGUUGUACAAUUUAGUUUGUUUCUUAUAUUAACUAUAUUAUGUACAAAAAUUUAAUGACAUUAAAUAUAUUUAUACAUUCUUAAUGUAGUUUAUUUUCUCCUCUAUUAGUUACAAUUUUAAUAAAUAAAUAAAAAGUAUUUCAUUAAGAAACUAAAUUAUAACCAAUGUUAUCUAGAUAUUUUUAUUUAUAAGGAGAACUAAGAAGUUAUCAGUCUUAUCUAUCUCAUAUUAUCCUAUCUUGAACUUGAUCGUGAACUUGGAAAUCAUAGCAUUGUUCUUGGCGGAAUGUGCAAUAUGUCCCUCUAUUUUUCAUCAUUUCAACACUAUUUGACGUUCAUACUGUUAAAACAAUAUAUAAAUUUUUUUGUGUCAUUAAAAAUUAUUGUCAUUUGAAGUAUAUUUGGUUAUUUAUAACCAAUUAGUAUAUCAACCAACAGUUUACAUUAUUUUCUCCUACUACCUAAGAGUACAUAUUAAAUGAAGUUAACACUACAAUUAAUUUAUAAGUCUAUUGGGUAUUUCAGGGAAAAGAACUUAUGAAUCACAUAUAAAAUUCUAUUCCAUAAGGAAAUUAGGAAGCAGAUCUUGCAGUACCACCUCUAAACAUAUGAAGCAAAAAGUUAGAACUACAAUUGUGUCCUUAAAUGCGUCCCAAGAGAAGUGACUUGAGGAAAGUAGAGCAUUUUUUUUUUAUGUCAUUCAAAAUUGUCAUUUGAAGUGUACUGUAUUUAAACAAGACUAAAUUAAAUAAAAAUUAGUACCGCCCAUCGAUAAUCUACAUUAUUUUCUACGACUACACAUGAGUGCAGAAUAUAUCAAGUUAACACUGAAAAUAAUUUGCAAGUCAAUUGAGUAGUUCCGAGAGGAAGAAUAAGGAAGUGCAAUUCCAUAAGAAAAUUAGGAGGUAGGUCUUGCAGUACCACCUCGAAACAUGUAAAGCAAAUAGAACUACCAUUUGUGAUGCGAUCGAAAUAACUGGCUUGAGAAAAGUGGAGCAUAUUUUUGAAUUUUUGAUAUUAAUCUCUUGAUUUGCUUAAACAUUUAUUUUAUUAAAUAUUUUUAUUAUA